AACCUCUAAAACUAUUUUCUAUCGGUAUUUCUACCCGCGUAGACACGUAUUUUGCGUCGAAACACUUGUAAAUAUCCGCCGAACUACGUACAUGUGAAUGAAACCAACAUUCAACACGUGUUCAGUGAAUUUUUUAGUGAUAAAUUCUGUGUAAAACACUCCGUAAAUUUACAGUGCGAGUUUUGUAUUUUAAUCGGGCACAAUGUCGCGCGACAGGAGCUCGCGGCGGUUCUACCGCGCCGACUCCACUCACGACCUGCUCUCCUUCAUGGACCGAGGUCAGGCAGCCAGUGACGAGAAUAGGUGGACCUUCGAGACUGCCUGGGAAGUGGCAAAUAAAGUGGGUGGAAUCUACACCGUGAUUAGGUCCAAGGCGUACGUGUCUACCGAAGAGAUGGGCGACAACUAUUGCUUGCUCGGCCCUUACAAGGAGUACUGCGCGAGGACAGAAGUGGAGGAGGCGGAAUUCCCCAAGAAUUCGCCCUUGGCGAUUGCUGUCGAUGCCAUGAGAAGUCAAGGAUACAAGCUUCAUGUCGGCACUUGGCUAGUGGAUGGCAAUCCGCAAGUCAUUCUAUUCGACAUAGGAUCGGGCGCGUGGCAACUUGACGGAUAUAAGCAAGAGUUGUGGGACACCACCGGUGUUGGAAUACCCCAUCUGGACAUAGAGGCCAAUGAUGCUGUAAUACUGGGAUUCAUGGUGGCGCAGUUCAUAACUGAGUUCCGAAAAGCAGCGGAAGAUUACAGCGACACUCCACCCAGAGUAGUCGCCCAUUUCCACGAGUGGCAGGCUGGCAUCGGACUCAUUAUGUUGAGAGUGCGUCACGUCGAUGUUGCCACUGUGUUCACCACUCACGCCACGCUGUUGGGGAGAUACCUGUGUGCUGGCAACACUGAUUUCUACAACAAUUUAGACAAGUUCUCAGUGGACGAGGAGGCGGGAAAGAGACAGAUAUACCACCGUUAUUGCAUGGAGCGCGCUGCGGCACAUAUGACGCAUAUAUUCACUACGGUGUCUGAUAUUACUGGUUACGAAGCUGAGCAUCUAUUGAAACGGAAACCGGACAUAAUAACGCCGAACGGGUUGAACGUCAAGAAGUUUUCCGCUUUGCACGAAUUCCAGAACCUUCACGCUUUGGCCAAGGAGAAGAUCAAUGAGUUCACAAGAGGACAUUUUUAUGGGCAUUUCAAUUUUGAUCUGGACAAGACGUUGUAUUUCUUCAUCGCCGGUCGUUACGAGUACGGGAACAAAGGGGCGGACAUUUUCAUUGAAGCAUUGGCAAGACUCAACCACUACUUGAAGUCAUCCGGCUCAGAUAUGACCGUGGUAGCGUUCCUUAUAUUCCCCGCGAAGACGAACAAUUUCAAUGUGGAGAGUUUACGAGGCCACGCAGUCACUAAAGCCUUGAGGGACACCAUUCACGAUAUACAGAUGAAAGUGGGCAAGAGAAUGUAUGAUAUAUGCCUGAGAGGCCAUUUGCCCGAAGCAUCGGAUCUCCUACACAAAGACGACACUGUGCGACUCAAGCGCUGUAUAUACGCGUUACAGAGGGAUGGGUUACCGCCGGUCACUACGCAUAAUGUGGUUGACGACUGGAGUGAUCCAGUGUUGACCGGAGUGAGGAGAUGUCAACUGUUCAAUACAGUCAAUGACAAAGUCAAAGUAAUAUUCCACCCCGAGUUUCUGACCUCAACCAACCCCCUAUUCGGGCUGGAUUACGAAGAAUUCGUCAGGGGUUGUCAUUUAGGCGUUUUCCCUUCGUACUACGAACCUUGGGGAUAUACGCCCGCUGAAUGUACUGUGAUGGGGAUACCAAGUAUCACAACCAAUUUGUCAGGUUUCGGCUGUUUCAUGCAAGAACACAUAGCUGACCCAUUGUCCUACGGCAUCUACGUGGUGGACCGUAGAUAUAUAUCCCUUGAGGGUUCAGUGCAACAACUAGCCCAGUACAUGUUUGAUUUCACUAAAUUGACUCGCAGACAACGCAUUAUACAAAGGAACAGGACGGAGCGACUCUCAGAUCUUAUGGAUUGGAGAAACCUUGGAAUUUAUUACCGUCAAGCUCGCGCUCAAGCACUGAAGACAGUAUAUCCAGAUUACGUGGACCAUAUGGACAUAGAGUUGGGCAAGAGAUUCAACUAUCCGAGACCUAUAUCUGAACCACCGAGCCCUACGCAUUCCAGGACCACGACACCAGCAGCUUCCGUCCACGGUUCUGAUGAUGAAGACGAAGUGGAUGAAGAGAAGGAAUUGGCAGAACUCAGAAUCAGUGACAAAUAAAUAAUAAACAAUUAGGUAAAUUAUACUUAAAGUAUGUACGAAUGCAGAACACUUAUGACAUUCUAUCGGCCACUUUCAAUAACCAACUCCCAGUAAAUGGUAAUGUAAUAAUUAUUUAUUAUUUUUCAACACAUUUGUUAAAAAAAUGCAUUUACUCAGGUUGUAUACAUUGUUCGAAAGUUCAAAGUUACGGGCCUUACAACGGAGCGUGCGGUAAAACGUUUUACCGCACGCUUCUAUACAUGGCGCCGUGCGUAUUCUUUAGGUUUUUCUUUUAUUUCGAUCAGACCUCCUUGGAAGUUCGUUUAAUCUAUACCUUUGUCUCACUUUAAUAUUAAAAAAAGGACACGAAACAUGUAGUUCUAAUUUAUUUACACCACCCGCACGGGGCGCCAUUUGGAUAAAGUUUACUUCAAUAGGGUAUUUGACAGUAUUAAAAAUAAAGUGCCAAUUGUUGGCAUCUGUGUUUAGAAUGAAUAUUGGCAGGGGUUUUUACUAAUUUUACAAAAUAAAUAUUCAUAAUUUUACUAAAAACCCACGAAAAAGAUAAUAGUUUUAUUAUCUAUUGUCACGUGACCCAAAACGCUUAGGAUCGGCGGAGCCUAAAAUGACGUCACACGCAAGUAAACUUCCUGUUAAAGUGA